CAUAAUAACUUUCUCUAAAUAGCAUCACAUAAGUUUUUCUUCCAAUUUAGCACUUUUAGUCAUUAUUAUUCAAGGAUCGGAGAGUACAUAUGGAAGCCGACGAUAACAUGACGCCGACUACCCCUAUAGUCGGAGUAGACAACAACAACUUCAGAGUGGAUUUCAUCGCAAAAUCUGUAGUUAAGGCCGCCGCCGCCGCCGCCCAAAAUAAACCGCACAUCCUCCCCCUCUCCAAUCUCGACCUCCUCGCCGGCCGCUUCCCCGUCACCUACUUUUACUUCUUCCGAAACCCAAACCACCCAGUAGAGGCCGCGUCAACGGGUCUUUCCCCAUCAGUUAUCGAUCACUUCAAAUCUUCCCUGUCCCGAUGCCUCUCUCUUUUCUACCCCUUCGCCGGCCGCAUCGUGGCCAACCCCGCCACCGCCUAUCCCGAGAUCUCCUGCGACAAUCGCGGCGUUCUUGUCGUGGAAGCACGGGCUAAUAUCCCCCUCAAAGAACUGCCAUUCCACGACCUCAACCGGUGUCUCGAAGGCGGCCUGAUGCUCGUCCCCGCCCACCAAUCGGCCGCCGACGGCGAUUUCGCCGUCCAAGCUCAAAUCACGGGUUACGCCUGUGGGGGUGUGUCGCUCACGGUCUCGUUUGACCACGCCUUGGGAGACGCCUCCUCCUUGGGCAAGUUCCUCCUCACUUGGUCGGAACUCGCUAGGGAGAUGCCUCCCUCUUGCUCCCCUGACCACCGCCGUUUUCUCCUCCGCCCACGCAGGCAGAACACAUGUUUGGACGAAAAGUUUGUGUCGUGCACGGUGGAGGAGAUGCCAACGACAGCACUAUCAAGAAGGAUGCUAAAGCGCCUGUAUCACGUGGACGCGUCAAGCAUCAACAAAUUGCAGGUUUUAUCGGGCGGCAGCCGGACCAAAAUUGAGGCCUUCUCGGCAUACCUGUGGAAGGUCAUGGCCACACUAGGCGGAACCGGCGGCGGGCAUGACGAUGACAAGAUCAGCUGCAAGAUGGGAUGGGUGGUGGACGGGCGAAGGAGAAUGGACGACCUGCUGUCGGAGGACUACAUCGGAAAUGUCCUGUCCCACGCGGGGCCGGGGCGGCUCAUGUUUUCCAAGCUCGUCUUGGGCGGCGGCCUAGCUGACGCCGACGACGGCCCUGUUCUGAUGGUCUCCUCCGCCCGGAGGUUCCCGGUCGCCCAACUGGACUUCGGAUUCGGGGGUCCGGUUCUUGGAACGGUUUGCACCACGGCGGAGAAUAUUGGGGUUGGGUACGUCAGUCAACGAGAGAGUGCGUUGGGCGACGGGUCUUGGACGGUGUCGGCGGUGCUGUGGCCGGAGAUGGUUGCUGCGCUCGAGUCCGAUCCCGAGCGUGUGUUCCGGCCUAUGACUGCCGAUAUCAUCCACUUGUAAGUGGCAAAUCCUAUAAAAUGAAAUCAACCAUACCAUACCAUGUAAAAUUAAGAAUGCUUUUGUUGUAGCAUUUGAAACUUGAAUUUGUAUCACUAUUAAUAGCCUGUUUGUCAAUGUGUUGAAUUAGCAAAAGUGAUUAUUUUUGUAUCACUUCAUGAAAAAAUCAUAAUCUAAAAUUAGUACCAAAAGCAGUAUUGUUUGCACAUAAAAGUGAUUUGCUGUU